GCGAUGGCGGAUACAGACAAACUCAACAUCGACAGCAUCCUCCAACGGCUGCUGGAGGUGCGGGGGGCCAAGCCUGGGAAGGAUGUCCAGCUUCAGGAGAGUGAAAUCAGGGGGCUGUGCCUCAAGUCCCGCGAGAUCUUCCUCAGCCAGCCCACCCUGCUCGACCUCGAAGCGCCGCUCAAGAUCUGCGGUGACAUCCACGGGCAGUACUACGAUCUGCUCCAACUUUUCGAGUUCGGUGGUUUCCCUCCAGAGAGCAACUACCUGUUUCUCGGGGACUACGUGGACCGGGGGAAGCAGUCGCUGGAGACGAUCUGCCUCUUACUGGCUUACAAAAUCAAAUUCCCCGAGAAUUUUUUCCUCCUCAGAGGGAACCAUGAAUGUGCCAGCAUCAGUAGGAUCUACGGGUUUUAUGACGAAUGCAAAAGAAGGUACAACAUUAAACUGUGGAGAACUUUCACGGAUUGCUUUAACUGUUUGCCGAUAGCCGCCAUCGUGGACGAGAAGAUCUUCUGCUGUCAUGGAGGUUUGUCCCCGGAUCUUCGAUCUAUGGAGCAGAUUCGGGGAAUUACGCGACCAACUGACGUACCAGGUCAGGGUCUUCUUUGUGAUCUUCUGUGGUCUGACCCCGAUAAGGAUGUCUUAGGCUGGGGUGAAAAUGACAGAGGAGUGUCCUUCACGUUUGGUGCAGACGUGGUUGCAAAAUUUCUCCAUGAGCAUGAUCUGGAUCUUAUCUGUAGAGCCCAUCAGGUGGUUGAAGAUGGGUAUGAAUUUUUUGCCAAGAGGCAGUUGGUCACUCUGUUUUCCGCACCCAAUUACUGUGGAAAAUUUGACAAUGCCGGGGCCAUGAUGAGUGUGGACGAGACGCUCAUGUGCACAUUUCAGGUACUAAAGCCUCCAGAGAAAAAGAAACCGAAUGCCAGGAGACCUGUAACACCUCCACGGAUUACAUCAGGCCUGAACCCGACCAUUCAGAAAGCUUCAAAUUAUAGAAACAAUACUGUUCUAUAUGAGUGAACGGUUAUGCUUUCUAUGGCCACAUUCUUUAUUCUGCGGUGAAGUUGAGGCUUAUAACUCAAAACAAAGGAACUCACUCUCUACCAGUUUAUACAGAAUUCACAAUAUGACUUUUUUAAAACUAAGACCUGUUAAAAAGAAAUCUGUUUCAACAGAUGAUCGUGUACAAUACCAUGUGAUGGAAAUGAAUAUCAGACUUAUU